AAAACAACAUAACCUGCAAAUUUUCUUUUUUGAAGAUUGAAGGUUAAUCAAUGAUAAUUAUGUGAAUUUUUCUGUAAUGCAUAAUAAUUAUUCAUGUGAAAAUGCAAACAUUCAGUUGGUGUACUUGAUUUAAUUCAUCAAAAUAUGUUUUACUUGUGGGUCUUGCCUAAAUUCACUCAUGGAUGAACAUACAGUGUAAUAAAAAUGGAAGAUAUAACUUCCAAACUGGACAACAUUCUCAAAGAGACCUCCAACCUACCAAACUCAGGCAAGCCUCCGAACAUAGUAGUCUACUCAGAAUGUCAGUCAUCAGCUAUAUGCCUAAAAGAAACUUUGUCAUUGGUUCUGGAGAAACAAAGGUAUACAGUCUACAUUCUGAACACCUCACAAAUGCUAACAGCUCCCUGGCUCAACAAUGUCUGCCUACUCGUUAUUGCCGGUCACAUUUCGCCGGAUAUAACGAACCGACUCAAAUCCUACGUUACGGACGGAAACGGUCGUCUACUGUGCUUUGGAUCCAACCUGCUUGAUGCAUUUGUUCCUCAGCUGUCCGGUGCUGAGGUCAAAGAUGAAAUGGGAUUGCUCACUUUCUCAAAAUGGAGUCGUGUUGAAGUGAUGCAUCGCGUACUCAAAUACCAGUUCUCUGACGAGAAAAAUGGAUUAGAAAGCUUCAGCAACUACCUACCAAACAGCAUCACACUGUCCAACUCUAUUAACGAUCUCACCAGUUUUGAAGUGACUACUUUCGGCCUCGAAGAAAACUCCAUGACACCCAGCUUCAUUCUGCUCACUUCAAAAGCUGGUGGAAAAACACUAUUCUCCAAUGUGCAUCUUGAAUUCGACCUCGAAAAUCAUGGGCUAACAGAAAACCAUCAGAAUUUGUUCAAAAAUGACAAAUACUCGACAAUGAACUAUAGUAAUUGUUAUGAGCACUGCAAAAAAUCAUCAUCGAAUUCAGGUUUGUCUAGAAAAUACCAAGAUUUGUCCAACGGAGAAAUGUCAGAUAACUGUACCAACAAAACCUGCGAUUCAACUAAAAACUGCGAGGUUCUUACUGAAAACUUUAACAUUUCAUCUAAAAACCUUAGUGAGUCAUUCAAGAACUCCAACAGAAUACGUAUAGACAUAUUCGCUGAAAUACUAAAAGAACAUUUUGGAUUAUUGUGUGCCAGUGAACGCACUUGUGAGCCUGAAUAUACUGUGGGCUAUUUUUUCGGGGAUCCAGCUUCGAAGAGGAAGUUUUUAAAGGACUUGGAAAGUAGGAUGAGCAGUGACGGUGUGUUAAAAUUGAAGAGAAUUGGCGUAAAGUUUUGUGUAGGGGAUGUUCCACCACCCUCCCCCAGCCUCCUACCGGUGUUAGUUGAUGGCGAGGAGGGGUGUGGCGGUGAGUUUUCGGUGAAGUCGUUUUUUGACGAGUUGAAAACGCGCAAACUGGGGCGGUUGGGAGUGUUCGCGAGCGUGAUGACGUCAUCGAUGCACGUAGUCGACACGCGUCUGGUGGACGGCUUCGUGGUUGUGCCGAGGUCGCUGACCAGGGGUGUGGGGAGGGGGGAGAACGUGUGGCUGAGUCCCGCGGGGUGUGCGCUGUUCUCGCUGCAAGUGCAUGUGGGCUUUGCGUCGCUGUUCGCCGGCCGGUUGGGACUGCUGCAGCACUGUGUGACACUGGCCGCUGUCGAGUGUGUGCUCGCCUUGCCCGGGUGCCAGCGAUUGUCGUUGGGACUCAAGUGGCCGAAUGACAUCUACGCCGAUAAACGGCUGAAGCUGGGAGGUGCCAUUGCUAGCAGUAUUGUGGGAUCGCGGGAGGCUGUAUGCAAUUUGGGGGUCGGCGUCAACUUGUUUAACAGGUUACCCACCACUUGCAUAAACGACAUGAUAGACGCUCUCAAUGCAAAGGAGGGAACCAGAGUGGAGCAUUUGACGCUGGAGAAGUUUGUGGCCAUUUUGUUGAAUCGGUUCGAACAGCUGAUCGAUAUGGUGGAGAGGGGCAGGAUUGACGAAGUCAUUCAACUCUAUUACAAGCACUGGUUGCAUAGUGGUUCAAAAGUGUCGGUGCGUACAGAAGACGGCAGCGAACGUCAGGUGACCAUUGUCGGCAUCGACAAUUGUGGAUUCUUGAAAGUUGUCGACAAAGAUAACCGUCAGUUCUCUGUACAUCCCGAUGGCAACUCGUUCGAUAUGAUGUCCGGUCUUAUUGCUCCCAAAGUAUUAUGAGAAUUUAUCAAAGAUCAGUUAAUUCAAUAUCCAUUAUUACAUGAAUAUUUGCAAUUAAUUAUCGGAUAAGUUUGUUUUAUGGAGUUUUCGGAGAAUUCCGGCCAUAUUCUGAGUUUAAUUCUAAUCUAGGAUUACAUGAAGCUAUGGUCUUAUUCUAGAUAAAGCUUUACAUUCUGAGUUCAAGCAUAAACUGAGAUGGUGCAAACUGAGUGGCCAGUUUGUUUCCGAAAAAUGAACUCUCAUAUUAUUAUUAUAUUAUAUUAACUGAAUGAACUAUGUAAGUUUAUAGGUUUUGGUACUGAGUUAAGCUGUGUUUACACCAAAUUUAUCAACAAAAUGUUAAUAAGUUAAUCCUUAUAGAUGCUAUUGGAAUGAACGGAACUUGACAAACACAUAUGUUCAUCAUGUGUAUGAUAAGUUAUGUUCAAUCUAAUAGAAUCUACAAGGAUUAAGUUAUUAACAUUUUGUAAUUAACUUUGGUGUAAACGCAGCUUUACAUAUUCUUCAAUUCUUUUUUAAAAUAAUUUUUAUUCUGCUCAAAUACCGUACACAGUUUAAUCUAGAUGGGAGAAAGUAUUUACGUAUUACGUAACCAUACUAUUAUAAUAAUUGUUCAAGUGUUGUAGAAAUGAAUACUUUCAUUUCCAAUAUUCUUAUAAUUAUUUUAGACUAGUCUCAUUCUGUUGAAAUGAGUAGUAUGCUGUUGAUAAUAAUUGAAACUCAUGUUACCAUGUCCUACUCUUUUCAUCAAUCCAUUCCAUCUUAUUAAUUUUUAUUAAAAUAAAAUGAAAGGGUAAUGCUCCAUCUUAUCAUGUUGUAGGUAGGUUCCUACUAUCAUAUGGAGGAAAAAUGGAAUAUCUCAUGCUACAUUUCCUCUAUUCUAUUAUUUUGAAGCUCAAAUACCUCCAAUGUUCUCAAGUAGAAAUACGGUAUCUCUAAAUUCUCAAGUAGAUUUUCACUAUAGCUCAUACUUUAUUUAAGCACAGUUCCAAAGAUCUUAUUCAGGUAGGCUGUAAUUGUGGUGGCUUUUAUACUCUCAAGUACCUGUACGUAUAUUUCCAUGGUGUUAGGAUGGAUGGUGUAAUUUUUCAGAUCCAAAGAAAUUCCUCAUUAUAUUUGCUCAAUUUAUGACUUAUAAAUCUUAAUAUGUUUUCCAUUGCUUGGAUAAUUUUAGAAAUACUGUUGUCUCAAUUUGAUGGGAUCAGGUUUUAUAAUCGUGUUGUUUUCAAUAAAAUACAAAUCUCAUAUUAU